AAUUACGCUGUCAGUUAUAGAUAAAUUGAAAUAGACUUUUUUGCCGGGAAUAAUUCUGUUUAUAAUAAUUGUGCGAAUGACUUAUUGCGGUGAAAAGUUUAGAGUUUUAGCACUUCGACUUCCUCGAAGAUGAUGUUCUUAAUAGGCGACGCGGUCGAGUUGUCACUGACAUUCACGGUGAUUACGAUCAUCGUGCUUGCGGCUGCAUUUAAUAGUUCUAUGUGGAUUUUGUUACUGUUUUCGUUGUACGUCAUCACUGCUGUUCAGGGCAUGCAACUUUUGUGUUUUGUUGGCGCAAACUUGAAGACUAUACAGAAGAAAUCUGUGGUACAGGGCAAUGCCGAAGAGUCAUGUGGAGUCUGUGGUGGCGACGCCUGUAAGAGGCAUCGACCGUCGUUACAUUCGACUCAAGUCCGAGUGCCGAAGGAUUUUGAUGCUGCGUUAGAAAAUGUACUUUCUUUGGCAUAUACUGUGUUACAAAAGAAAUACUUCAUGAGAUCCCUUACUUUGUUUUUAUUUUUUUCACAGUUACUGGAGCAGUUAUUGCAGACGUACGUCUGUGCAUGGUAUUCAAAUUUUUCAUCGGAUGAUGCUUUCGUUCAGCAGCUCAAAAUAGCUAUCGCAACUGCUACAAGGAACAUCGCGGAUAGAUUAUUAAGAGCUAAUGUUCCAGCCAUAAUUUUUAAUAAUUUAAUUCCUAUUGCUCUGCACCAUGCUCAAGACUGGCGAAUCUUAUCUCGGCGGGCUAAAGAACAAGGUGGAAAUCCAGAGGAUUACGUCACUGAUUAUUUGGGUCCGAAAGUGCAUCCUGCUGCAUAUUCACGCAGUGCAGAGUUAAACUAUCUUCGUGGAUUGAUAAUGGCCUUAAUGCCACACUUAUUGCCUGCCACUCAUAUCUCUACAAAUAACAGGGUAAUUCUUCGCGAAGUUUUGGCUAACUGGGUCUUGCUCCCAGCGAUCGAUGCCCUUGCCAAUCCUGACAAUAUCAAUACUCUGAUUAUUCUGUCGACUAGACACAACGGUGUAUUGUCUCAAACAGCUGAUUCGAUGUGCGUUCCGAUGCUACAUUCCUGGGCCACUCCUCUAUCCAUAGUCCAGUCUGCACCUGAUCCUCUGAAGCCGUCUCUCGAAGAAGUACUGAACAAUGCGCAGUUGCUCUACUUAUUCAUGCAACACAUCAAGAAGUCUGGACCUGUACGAUUACUACAAUUCUGCUUAGACAUCGAUGACCUCAGUAAACGAAUGCUGAAUCCUGAGAUGACUCCAGACAUCGAGGAAAGCUUGUACAUCGAUGCUCAAAAUAUAUACUCCACGUACCUCAACCCUGAAGCCCCGGACUAUCUGCACUUACCGUUAUAUAUAUCGAAAGGAAUGGAAAGCGUCUUGGCUGGUGGACCCGAGAAGGUCCAGGAGCUGAGGACCUCAAGACCGCUUUAUCAAGCCCAUCAAGAAGCCCACGCUUUAUUGGAGGCAACGUGUUUACCUUCAUUCCAUCAUAGUUACGAGCUGUACAAGCUCCUAUGCGGACAACAGCCGACGAGCAUGCACUCGAGGUCGUCUACGCAGAGCAGCUCGAGCAGCGGCGCCGGGGUCGGAGCUCGCCUGAGCAGUCAGCUGGGGAAAAUCCGGGGAGCGCUGCGAGCCUCGGCGGUCGACGGGGCACCUUUUCAGAGCCAACGCAUCUACCAGGCAGAGGAGGUGGACUGCUCCUCCAGGGUGUACAGCGAAGCGGUUUCGGACAGGGGUGGCCGCGACCUGACGACCUGGCGCGUGACGGUACCCCACGUGGACGGGGGUGGCGCUCAGCCUCUGUAUACCGUGGCCGUCCACGGGGCCGCCGAGGAGAAGUUCUGGACGGUCCUUCGCCGCGACUCCGACUUCUACGCCCUGAGGGCUCGUCUCGCCGAGUUCCACGGCGACAAGGAGCUGAAUGACUCGCCCUUGCCCACCAGGAAGAACCAACACCCCUCGCUGGCGGCGAACCGGCAACGGUACCAAGACUUCCUCCAGAGGCUCCUCUCGAAGCCCACUCUGAGAAGCAGCGAGCUCCUCUACGGCUUCCUGACGGCCCCCAACUUGAAGCCCUACCUGACCAACUACAGCGCGCCUGACAUCGGCGUCCUCUACCAGAGCAUGGCUCACAGGCUGAGGAAGGAGCGUGGCCAACACCUAGACAAGUUCAUGAGCGUCUUCUUGGCCUCGACCUGCGUAAAGUCCGAGCACGCCGACCUGGCCGUGGAGAUGAGCGAGCACAGAUUCCACGAGCCUGUCAGGAAGGGACCGGAUCUAAUCGCCCAGAGCCCCUUUGGGAACAAUCUGAACCUGAACCCCCGCAUCCAGGAUUUCCCUUACGUCGCGUCCAGGAGGCAGCACGUCACAGGGGCCUCCUACUGCGCCGUGGAGGCUGCUGACACCCUGCUGAACGUCUCGCCGCCGGUGUCGAGGGUGCUCUGGCUCGUCGCCACCCUGGCCCGCCGCAACGUCGACCCCAUGGCGAACCGGCUGCUGUACGACACCCUGGUGAAGCUGCUGAGCGGAGGACGAGCGGCACUCGUGGUGAAGCUCCUGUACUCCAGUAUAUUCGACCUGGACUCUACCACCGGGAAGGAUCCGUCCUCCCACGUCGACGAGGACAAACGUCAGGCUGCUAAACAGGGCCUCCACGACCUGAUCCCCUGGUGGAUGGUGGGCCUACGGUCCACCUGGUGCAGUCUCAUGGACUCCCUCCUGGACCCGCUGCAGAACGCCCCCCUGAACAAGCACCUAGCCUACGUCCUGCUGGAUCAGUUACUAGCUAGUCUGUUCCCGGAGUUGGCGACGUAGGAGACGUGGUAACAUCGGCUUGUCCAUCCCCUGGGUGUUUAUCAUCUGUGAUAAAAUGACGAUGAUUCCAUCUCAUACCCCACGAGGAGUACGGAAAACAGAUCAAGGACGUACUU